AUGCUGUCCGAAGAGCUUCUUUUUCUUUUCUCUGAGCUGUCGUCGUCGCCGGCUGGUGGUUGGCUGGCAGUGGUGGUGGUGGUGGUGGUUGGUGGUGGUGAAGUGUUGGAGGUUGAAGUCGAGGAGGAAGAAGAAGUUGAACGAAAAAAAGGAAGAAAAAAAAGAAAAAGGAAAAAGAAAAAAGUUCGCGGAGGAAGCAAGAAGAUUCCGAGAAAGGCUAGCGGGGCGCUUUUCCUCUUUGGGCGAGGCGGCGUUGAUGUCGAAGUCGAAGUCGAUGACGGAGACGAAGUUGGCGAUGAACUCGCUGGCGGUGACGAUGAUAUUGAUGAUAUUGAUAUUGAUGUCGAUGUUUCUUUGAUGCCGAUGUUGUCGAUGCCGAUGCUGGCGCUGGUGAUGGCGAAUGUGAUGGGUUAA